GUAGAUUCAGUCUUUCUUCUUUAUCUGUUUUUAAAAAACAGAUCUUUCAGUGUCACAACUCACAUGUCCCCCAUUCCUAAUCUUCACACUCCCUUUUACUUCAAAAAUAUUUAUAAUUUCUUUUCCAUUCUUCAUCAAAGUUUCAUUCUUUUCUUACAUUCCUACAAAGGUUCAAGUUCAAAGCUUUCUCACAACAGGAAAUUGCUGAAUCUGUCUUGUGUGCUGUUUAGUACUGUUUUUGAUUAUUAAGAUGCAGAAGCCACCACAGUCUAUAGAUUUCGCUUUGAAGGAGACUUCACCGAAGAUCGGUGCCGGAGCUGUGACGGGCGAUAAGCUAUCGAGCACGUAUGAUCUGGUGGAGCAAAUGCAAUACCUUUACGUUCGUGUGGUAAAGGCGAAAGAUUUACCGGGGAAAGAUGUAACUGGUGGCUGUGAUCCUUAUGUUGAAGUUAAGCUAGGGAACUAUAAAGGAGUUACUAAGCAUUUCGAGAAGAAGAACAAUCCCGAAUGGAAUCAAGUGUUUGCGUUCUCGAAAGAACGGAUUCAAGCUUCGGUUUUAGAAGUAUAUGUGAAAGAUAAAGAUGUGGUGGCCGAUGAUUUAAUCGGGAGGGCAUUGUUCGAUCUUAAUGAGAUUCCGAAAAGAAUUCCACCAGAUAGUCCGUUGGCACCGCAAUGGUAUCGGUUGGAGGAUCGGAAGGGGGAUAAAGCUAAAGGAGAGUUAAUGCUUGCUGUUUGGAUGGGGACACAAGCCGACGAAGCAUUUCCUGAGGCUUGGCACUCGGAUGCUGCAUCGGUUGGUCCGGAUGCUGUUGCGAGUAUCCGGUCGAAAGUUUAUCUUUCGCCUAAGCUUUGGUAUGUGAGAGUGAAUGUGAUCGAAGCUCAAGAUUUGGUACCUAAUGACAAAAGCCGGUUCCCCGAGGUUUUUGUGAAAGCAAUGCUCGGAAAUCAAGCUUUGAGGACUCGGAUAUCUCAAAGUAAGACUAUUAAUCCGAUGUGGAAUGAGGACUUAAUGUUUGUGGUUGCCGAGCCGUUUGAAGAGCCGUUGGUGCUAAGUGUUGAAGAUAGGGUCGGGGGGAACAAAGACGAAACGUUGGGGAAAUGUGUGAUUCCUUUACAUAUCGUGCAGCGAAGGUUGGACCAUAGACCGGUGAAUAGUCGAUGGCUUAAUCUCGAGAAACAUGUGAUUGUCGAUGGAGAGAAAAAAGAGAUUAAAUUCGCUAGUAGGAUUCAUUUGAGGAUUUGUUUAGAAGGUGGAUAUCAUGUUUUGGAUGAAUCGACUCAUUAUAGUAGUGAUCUUAGGCCGACAGCUAAACAGUUAUGGAGACCGAGUAUCGGGAUUUUGGAACUCGGUAUUUUAAGUGCUCAUGGACUUAUGCCAAUGAAAACAAAAGAUGGACGAGGAACUACGGAUGCUUAUUGUGUAGCUAAGUAUGGGCAGAAAUGGAUCCGAACGAGGACGAUUGUCGAUAACUUUAUGCCAAGGUGGAACGAGCAAUACACUUGGGAGGUUUUCGAUACUUGUACUGUUAUCACAGUGGGUGUUUUCGAUAAUGGACAUGUACAUGGCGGAGCCGGAGGGGCUAGAGACGCGAGAAUCGGGAAGGUACGAAUUCGGCUUUCUACGCUUGAAGCCGAUAGGGUGUAUACACACUCGUAUCCUUUACUUGUGCUGCAUCCAUCGGGCGUGAAAAAAACGGGCGAAAUCCAAUUGGCAUUGAGAUUCACUUGUUCGAGUUUGAUUAACAUGUUGCAUAUGUACUCGCAUCCGUUAUUACCAAAAAUGCAUUACAUUCAUCCAUUAUCGGUGAUUCAACUCGAUGUUUUAAGGCAUCAAGCUAUGCAGAUUGUUUCGACGAGACUCAGUCGAGCCGAGCCACCGUUGAGGAAAGAAGUUGUCGAGUACAUGCUCGAUGUCGAUUCGCAUAUGUGGAGUAUGAGGAGAAGCAAAGCGAAUUUUUUCCGAAUCAUGGGUGUUUUAAGUGGAUUAAUUGCUGUCGGAAAAUGGUUCGAUCAAAUCUGUAACUGGAGAAACCCGCUUACGACGAUUUUAAUCCAUAUCCUUUUUAUCAUAUUAGUCCUUUAUCCCGAGCUGAUACUUCCAACGAUCUUUCUUUACCUUUUCUUAAUUGGAAUAUGGAACUAUCGGUGGAGACCACGACACCCUCCUCAUAUGGAUACUCGGCUUUCACAUGCUGAUGCAGCUCAUCCUGAUGAACUAGACGAAGAGUUCGAUACUUUCCCGACUUCUCGACCUUCCGAUAUCGUUCGGAUGAGGUACGAUCGUUUAAGAAGUAUAGCUGGGAGAGUUCAAACUGUGAUCGGUGACCUCGCAACUCAAGGGGAACGAUUUCAGUCCUUGCUAAGCUGGAGAGACCCAAGAGCAACCACAUUAUUUGUGACAUUCUGUUUGAUCGCUGCCUUGGUUCUUUACGUUACGCCAUUCCAAGUCGUUGCUCUUCUUGCAGGAAUUUACAUUUUACGACACCCGAGGUUCCGUCACAAGCUUCCAUCGACACCUCUUAACUUCUUUAGGAGGUUGCCUGCAAGAUCAGACAGCAUGUUAUGAGCACCCCAAGCAGCCAUUAUAUGUUUUCCGAUGUUCGCGGCAAUCGGAGCUAUGGAGUCGGUGGGAAAUUCAUGGUUUUUGUUAUAAAUUAUGUAAUGUGUGUAAUUUUCGACUUGUUUAGUAAAUUUCAUGCUAACUGUAGCCCUUUAUUUUAUGUUUUCCUUUUUUUCAGACAAUCUGUUAGCACUAUGUUGUCAAUUUUCUAUUUUCAGUUUUUACCAUAA